AUGUGGAUUAUUCUCACAUUUAUCAGACACACUCACCUCCACCUGUCCGUGUUCACUCCUCCUCCUCUUCCAGCUCAGUGCACAGCACUUUCAAAUGGAUUUUCAUGUUUUUCGGACCUCUCUGAGGACCAUGAGCAGCUCUGAGGUUUUUGUACGAGGCUGUAUCACUGGGACGCUCUGGUGUUUGGAAAGGCGAUCCGUCUCACUGUGCAUCCAAAAGGUAAGAAAAAAGCCUUUUAACCUGCUGAUCUGAUCAGGAUUAUUCCCUUUUAAAACACACAGAGGGUCAGGACGUCAGGUUUGUGUUUAAAACGUAAAUUUACUGGAUCAGAACCUUAACUGUAGACCAACAAGGCUGCAGACGUCCUUCCAGACUGCAGCUGUGAUACUACGUCCUCAAAAUGCCUCAAAAAGCUUUAAAAUAUGUUUCCUGUUGAUUUAAAGGUUAAAAGGUCCCAGCUGAAAUCUUUUGAAGCCCAUUUGUUAUUUUCUCUGAGAGCAGAAAUGAAGUUUAAUGUGAGAAAAUCAUGAGAUAGACAAAAAACAUCUGCGUAGCUGAGGUGUUGUUCCGGUAAUGCCGCUAAAAUCGCCGUUUACACGAGGAAAUGUCUUAAAAUUAUUCACUUAAGUGUCUGUAAAAGCAACAGAGAGAAAAUCCUAAAAAUCUUAUUAAUUAAAAAACAAGAGCAGUCUAAAGGAACCUUAACGUGACCUUUUAAGAGUCUAAAACACAAUCAAGUCCAAACGUAAAGAUUUUCACUGCCGACAUUUUAAAGAUUUUUAAAAAGCUUCGCUUAAAGAAACUUCGUAAAGUCCGAUAUUCAUUCUUUUAAACCCCCGAGGAUAAGAACUAGAAGAUACUCAUAAUAUAAUGUAGAUUUUUUUAAAUGGUAAUUUUUGUUCUGACUUAGAUUAUUUUAUUUUAUCAGUUGAAAAACUCUUAAACACUUUUAGGUAAAAAAAAAAAAACUUAAAAGUCACAGUGAGAGUUUAAAACGUUUUCAAAGACACUGAAAAUUAACAAAAUAUUUCAACACAGUGAAGUUUAAAGUAAAAUAUUGACACAGAGUUUAAUGGAUUUAAUCAACUAAAACUGCUUUAAGAGCUUUUAAUAUAAUAAAGUUUGUUAUUUGUUUUCAGGGAAGAAAAAGUUUUUUCAAAGAUAAGAAAUAAUAAAUAUGAUAAGUGUGAUUAAGUUAUAAAAGAAAAUGCAACAAACAGGACUUAUUUUUUUUAUUAAGAUAUUAAUAAACAAGAGGAGGAGAAUUAAUAAGCAUUAAUCAAAAAACUAGAGUUAUUAAAUUUUCUCUGAGACCAAAAAAAAAACCUCUUUCAAAAUCUGACUGGGUUUUAAAACUGAGUUUAAGUUUACUGACUGAAAAUCAAAUCUCAGUGUUUUUAUUUCUCUAAAAAACGUGUUUUUAGGCGAAUAGAACAGGCAGGAAAAAACGAUCUGUCAAGUUCUUGAAAUUUGAUCAAACUUAACUUCUAUUUUAAAAUUUUCUGAACCAUUGUUUAGACCUGUGAAUGUGACUUAAAGUGAUCAUUACAAAUACUUUUAACUAGAAAUAAAACAAAGUCGCUCACGAAGUUAAAACUCCAGGAAGAUUUCAGCUCUAAUGUUUAUCUGAAGUCUUUUAAAUUUUGUAAACAUAAAAGCAUUUUAACGACUGUAAAUUUGUGUCUCUUGAUUGGUUUUAGAUUUUUGUUUUGCAGUAGAAUUAGUCUCAGUCUAACAACAGUUUUUAAGUAUAUAAUAUGAUUUACUGAGUUCAUCGGUAAAUAAUUACAGAAAUGAUAGAGAAAGAUUUUAUGACUUAAGAGGCUUAAAAAUGGUUAAAAUAUCGUUUCUGUUGUUUUGGUGUGAUCUCUUGUUUGGUCUAAAUUAAAGCAAGAAGACAAAAAAAGUUUUUAUAUCAGUAAUAAUAAGUCUCAACUUAAGUCUGACAAAGUUCAGAUUUUAGGAUCUGCUGCCAAAAGCUCUUAAAUGAUAUAAAAGUGAAAGACAGAAGAUUAAAAGGCUUUUAAGGAGAAGACUGAGCUGUGAUUUAACAUCCACUAAAACUAAAUUAUUUCAGAGUUUCUAAAAGUCUGAAAAAGUUUGAAAACUAAAGUGAACAGAAUUUUUACAGUAAUUUCAGCUUUUUUUAGUGAACCAGAGGUUUUUAAAAUUCCUCAAAAUAUUUGAUCUUUUACAGCUCGGUAACUUGUUCUCAUGUUUGAGCAAGAAAAAUUUAUAUAUUGAUUUUAUAAUGAUGAGUAUCAAUGUCAGAACGAUUAAAUUAAUUUGUACAAGAAAUUAAAACUCAAUGGUCUUAAAAUUGUGGAGGUAAAAACAGAAGUGAAAAAGGGAUUUUAGUGGAAAACUGGACUGAUUUGACAUCCACUAACACCAGAAAACUAGAUUUUUUAAAUCUGGAGAAAUGAAUCUAAACGAGUUUAUUGAUUUAAAGUCCAGAGUGAUUUCAGCUCUUUAAUUGAUUUAUAAAAGAUGCAGAAAAUUAUUGAACAGACUCCAAAUGAAACAGGUCUGACAGAAAUCUGCGGUUCAGUGUUUUGAUAUAAUAUUGAUCAGAUUUUAUGACUUAAAGUCUAAAACAAUUAAAAUCACAUUUUCUUUAAAAUGGUGAGGUCUUCUGUUGUUGACACUGAAUGUAGUUGAAUGUAGAUAUUAAAGAUUAAUUAUAGUUGAUAAAAUUAUGUUGAUCAACAAAUUUAACUUGAAGUUCCUGAAAUUUGAGCAGAAAUGAAAUAAAAAUAAAUUAGAAGAGGACGGUCCAAAAACAAUUCUGUAAAAACAAAAACCAGAGAAGAGUUUCUGAAAGUUCUGAGACUGUUUUUAUUUUUUUUAAAUAGGAUUUAAAAAGUUUGAACAAAGAAGUAAAAAUUCAUCAUGUCUCAAAUGGAAAUGGAAAUCGGUCCUCCUGUUUGUCUCAAAGUGACGAAAUCCUGUAACAUGAUGAACUGUUAACGUGUCGAAGGGAACAAGAUGUUUUUGGUAAAAUGAGCUGAAAAUACAAAACUCUACGAUCUCAUAAUAACUCAUAAUUCCCAUGAAUGUCGAGCUGAGAGUAAAACUCUCUGACAACAAUCGAUGAAUGAGACGAGAUUUGACGCAUGUUUACUGAAACAAAUACGACAUGAACAGGAAUAUUCAGACUGAUUUGUUCGAGUUUAUUCAUGGAAUCAAAGUGAAAAUAACAAAAACGAUCAAAGUUAAGGACGACUUUGAUAAUAAUAAAGAUUUGUACCUCUUCAAUAAUUGGAUUAUUGAUCCAUAUCUGACCGACUGUGUUGAAGUGUGGAGAAGUGAAGGUAAAACUAGAAGAUACUCAGAAUAUAACGUUGAUUUUUUUAAAUGUUAAUUUUUGUUCUGAUUUUGAUUAUUUUAUUGUAUCAGUUGAAAAACUCUGUAACUCUUUUAUGUUAAAAACAAACUAUAAAACAGUCACAGUGAGAGCUUGAAACGCUUUCAAAGACACUGAAAACUAACAAAAUGUUUAAACAGAGUGAAUUUUUACUUGUUUGUAUUGAAUGUUUUAAAUAUGAACUGAAUGUAAUAAGGUAUGAAAAUGAAAAAUGAGCGACUUUGAAACUUUGAAACUCAAAAAGUCUGAUUUUUGUUUUUUUGUUUUUCCAUCGUUUGUGUCCCGGUUCAAAAAUAAACGUUCUUAUAUUAGUGAUUAGAUCUUGUCCUCAAACAUGAUUCCCCUGAUCUUGUUUCAGAUCGGACUCCUGUGCCUCCGGCUCUCUUCGUCCUGAACCCUCUGCAGCCGGAGGGGGUUCCUCUGGACCGGGUCGGGGACCAGGUGUGUCUGGCCGCAGGUUUCCGUCCUCAGGAUGGCGAGAUGGACCUGAAUGAGAAAGACGGUCAGGUCUCUAUGAACACCACCAGCGCCCCCAUGUCCACGAAAGACGGAACCCACAGCUACGUCGGGUUCUCCAACAAGACCCUCCUGUCCUGUGAGCUGCACGGCGCCUCCGCCAACAAUUACCACGGUAACAAGAACCAGAUUCAAUCAGAGAUCAGAUCAAGUUCUGAUAGAGGACCAACCAAACGGGUCAAAACUUCCUAAUCUGUUUUUUCUGUCUUUUUUGUUUUUUCACCCUCCAGUCGAGCGCUGCGCUGAUCAUCAUCCAGGUGAGUAACCAAACACACCUGAACACCUGACCUUCUGUCUCUCAGGUCCUGGAUCCUCAUGUUGACCUCAGACUGAUCCGGUUUCAUUCUUCUCAUCCACAGAAAAGGCCAAACUGAGUUUCCACAUGCUGGUCCUGAACGGGGUCAGGGUGGUCUUCACUAAGACCCUGGCCUUCAGCACCCUCUUCACCAUCAGAGCCGUCCUCAUCUGA